AACCAUCUAUCAAUCAUUAAGGGGUCACAACACUGUGCACUUUUAGUCAAAGUUAGCGAAAUUACGAAAAGUUGGAAAAACCUUUAGUUUGUUUCCCAUAUUGCUCGCCAUUCCAAAAUCGAUCAUUUUUGUCGGUGCGCUACAUACAAGAUUAUUUCAGAAGAUGACUCGCUUCACUAAUGUACGCAAACAAGCUGAGGCAAAUAAUUACCCGCUGACGUGCAGAUUAUGCAGUAAGAAGCAUCCCUUAAGAGUAUGCCCAAUAUUUCGUGCCAAAAGGCCAGAAGAACGCCUGCGUGACGUUCUGAUUCAUCGCUACUGCACGAAUUGUUUAUCGGGGAUACAUCGUGCAGCCCACUGCACUAACCCAGGGAGAUGCCGACGCUGUAAUGAAGAACACCACACGAUGCUUCAUAUUGAUCACACAACGCGGCCAAUGAACGACAGUGAUAGUGAUGAUGCGCUUUCAUUAGAUGCGUCUGAGGUCGGAGCGGAAACUAAUGCUUUCCGCCCAGACCUGGAAGAGGAAGAAAUGCCAGUCGCUGGAGCGGAAACUAACGCUUUCCGCCCAGAUGAAUCCACCGGAAUGGAGUCAAACGCACUCCAUCCGGAUUCGGUAAGCGGAUUGGAAACGAGAACUUUCCAACCGCGAAACAAUUGGUACCGCACUCAAACUCGACGUUUCAACCACCGCCCACGGCGUCAGCGUCACAACGGGAGAGUGGAAUCUCAUGCAUUCCACCUCCCAGCAAGAAAUGGUUUUCGGUCUGGGCAAGUGCAGGCCCCUAUGAAUCCGCUACAACAACUUACCGCAGUUGCGCCUACAGCCAUAGUGAGGGUAGAAGCAGGAGGCCGCUUGCACCUGGUAAGAGCGUUAAUAAACCCGUGUGCCGCAACGUCCAUUAUCGCACUAGACCUUGCGCAAGAGCUGAAGCUCUGUUUAACGGCAGUCGGAAAUCAAAGAGGGUGUUUUAUGAAGCUACGCGGAAAGCACGGAAAUUCCGCGACAAUUACAUUGCACGCGGUGGCCGUACGGAACUACCGGCAACAAACACCUUUGAAAAGCCUCGAUGCCACGGUCGCAGCACCGUACAACAACAUAAAGCUCGCCGAUCCCCACUUCCACAUCGCAGCUCCCGUCCGCUUAGUGCUAGGUGCCGAAGUUUUCCCGAAGAUGUUGUUAGGCGCAAUUCCAGCGGGAACUCUCGGUCCGCUACUAGCGCAAAACACCAUUUUCGGAUGGGUAUUGUCAGGCGCAUGUUAAAACCGCAUUUCUUUGUUUUUAUUUUCAAUACUAUUUAUUUUCCUAGUUAAGUUUAUUUUUGUUAAUAAUGAAUUACACAUAACCACUGAAUUGUUUUCUUAUCUUUAUUGAAUAAAUGUGCAGUUGAAUUUUUGAAACCCACGUCUUUAAAUAAUAAUUUCUUCUACCUUACAGAGUUUAGGUACAUGGACAACGGCAACGAAGAACAUUUACAUUAUUAGAUAAUUUUUUAAAAUUAAGGAGCUAAUUGGAACAUAGUGGCCGGAACA